AGUGGGGCCGCGCCGGCCGCCGACGGCGCGCCGAGCGCCGCCAGUGACGCGCGCCGUCAUGGAGCCGCCGGCCGAGGAGGCGGCGCCCGCGGCCGCCACCGUCAACGGAGGCCGCUUCGACUUUGACGACGGCGGCACGUACUGCGGCGGCUGGGAGGACGGCAAGGCGCACGGCCACGGCGUCUGCACCGGCCCCAAGGCGCAGGGCGAGUACUCGGGCUCGUGGCACUACGGCUUCGAGGUGUCCGGCGUCUACACCUGGCCCAGCGGCAGCACGUACGAGGGUCACUGGCAGAACGGGCGGCGCCACGGUCUGGGUGUGGAGACGCGCGGCCGCUGGAUCUACCGCGGCGAGUGGACCCAGGGCUUCAAGGGCCGCUACGGCGUGCGCCAGUCGACCACCUCCUCGGCCAAAUACGAGGGCACCUGGGCCAACGGCCUGCAGGACGGCUACGGCUCCGAGACGUACGCCGACUCAGGCACGUACCAGGGACAGUGGCAGCGCGGCUCGCGGCACGGCUACGGCGUGCGAACGUCGGCCGCGUUCGGCGCGGCGUCCACCUCCAAGAGCAAGGCGCACCACCAGUCGGCGGCGUCUCUGCGCUCGGAGCCGCCGGCCGACCCGACCGCCGAGCGCGACCGGCGCGUCAACGACACGCGCGGCGGCUUCGUGCUGCAGGUGAACUCUGAGGAGCCGCCGCCGCGGCGCGGCUCCGCCGUCGACAAGCCCACCACGCUGCGGCAGAAUAUCCUCCAGGGGCUGCGGUUGCGGAAGCAGCGCAGCACUGGCGAGCUGGAGAGACGCACCGCGGCCGGCGGCAGCGUGCGCUCGACGCGCAGCACCUCCUCGUGGCAGUCGAGCGACUCGACCAAGUCACACGUGACCAACGGCAGCUACCACACCGAGUCCAACGCCAGCUUCGUGGUGGAGGACGAGCAAAUGGACAGCAACGUCACCGAAACUUAUAUGGGCGAGUGGAAAAACGACCGGCGUGUCGGCUACGGCGUCUGCGAGCGCUCCGACGGACUGCGCUACGAGGGCGAGUGGUACAACAACAAAAAGUACGGCUACGGCGUCACCACUUUCAAGGACGGCACGCGCGAGGAGGGCAAGUACAAGAACAACGUGCUGGUGACGUCGCAUAAGAAGAAGCACCUGCUGCUGAUGCGCUCUGCCAAGUUUCGUGAGCGGAUCGAGGCGGCCGUGAGCGCGGCCGGCCGUGGCUCCAAGAUCGCCCUGCAGAAGGCUGACAUCGCCAUCAGCAGGACGGCCACCGCCCGCGGUAAGGCCGAACAGGCCGACGUGGCCGGGCAGCACGCGCGAGAGGACUCGGCCGUCGCCCGGCUGCACGCCAAGCAGUUCGCGCCCGACUUUCUGCAGCCAGGCUCGGACGGCUACCGGACGCGUGUGGACGCCGCCCGGCUGGGCCACACGGACCUGAACGUGCCGCACAUCCGCACCGAGAGUCCGCCGCCGCCCAACGGGCUGCCGCCGGGACUGGACGGGCCCGUGCCGCCGCACCCGGCCGGCCGCUCCGAGCGCGACUCGGCCGCCGAGCGGCGCACCAGCGUCACCAGUGGCGUCACGGCGCGCGCCGGCUCCCUGGCCAAUGACGACCGCGUCAGUGUCGACUACUUCCCCGCGGCGCUGCAGCGGCGCGUCAGUGGUGCCGAGCCCGGCCACGGCUCCCGGCGACCGUCCACGGCUGACCCGCCGGGCCGCGGCUCCCGGCGGCCCUCCACGGCUGACCCGCCAGGCCGCGGCUCCCGGCGGCCCUCGCACGCCAGCGUGGCCGCCGCGCCCACCGCCAUGUGCGACAACGACCGGUUCGAGCACUACCGGCGGCCGGCCAGCAGUCGGGACGGCUCGGUGGAGCGGGCCGGCCGCCGGUCGGCCUCUGGCGCGCGCCACACGCCGCUGCCGGCCGAGCCGGCGCCGGCGGCCAGCCCCGAGCCGGCCGGCCGGCCGCACUUCUUCAUCCCGGAGACGCCGCAGCAGGCGGCAGAAAUGGCCGAGCUGAUGGGAGCCGGCGGCCACGCCAUGAAGAGGACCGAGAGCAUGUUCAUGCCGGGGCCGCAGGGUCGCCGCGGCGGAGCGCCCUCACUCACCGCCGCCACGCUGCAGCGCAAGAAGUCGAUGCCGGACGCGGCCACGCUGCCGGUGAAGGCGCGCGUGAUGCCGCGCGAGGAGGCCAACUACUUGGCCGCCAGUCAGCGCGAGUUCGGCCGCCGCCAGGCAGAGGAGGCGGCCAUGUAUCGCGCCAACCCGCUGCUCUAUGUCUUCAAUCCCAAAGUCAAGGAUUGGUUCUCCAGGCAGCGGCUCGUGCUGGCAGUGGUUAUCAUCAACAUCUCACUGGCCAUUCUCUUUCUGAAGCUCCUCACAUAGCGGUGGCCUUAGAACAUUACUUGAGCGUCAUCAGUGUUCGUUGAAGCGCAAUCUGAGGCCGUGAUUGGCCGAAACAGAGCGCGUGUCUGCAACCUAGCGACCAAUCGGUGCCUUGCUCGCUGUGCGCGCGCGAGACGCGACCCCAGCUGAGUCGCUCACACCGGAGGCUGCGGUCGCAACAGGAAGCGACGCACGAAUGCCUGAGCUAUUUUUUCACGGAGAGAGGUGUGACAGAGCCUCGGCGGCGUGCCUUCAGCUGCAGUUUUUACCUGCAGCCAGCCGGUGCCGGUGACCAGCGGACGGAGCAGUGCCACCCAUAUUCCCCGAGAGUGCUGUUACCGAAUCAAACGACGCCGCUGCCUGCAGCCGAGUGUGUGCCGAUGCUUCAAUUUUGGCCGCCUGUCUGCCGGACGCGGCGCGACUCCCCUGACUGUUUGCUCCGAGUCGUCCGUACCUACAUGAACAUCGACCUGACUCGUAUACGCUCACGUUACGGCUAAGGGGUUUCCUCAGUUUUGCUUGUCCUGUUUGAGCGAUGGCCCUGCGACUGGCGACUGGUGACUGGUGCGGCGGCUGGGGCGGUGCAGGUCGCGGCGGUGGGCGUCGGCCGGGGACCUCGCCGCCCAGCUGCGUGCCACCCCGCGCUUCCAGGGGCCGUGCCUGCCCCGGAGUGGGAGGGUGAGGGCAGGGGCGGAGAGGGCGCCGGCGCCUGGACACGUGUCCCCGGGCCGGCCCAGCAGCCAGUGCCCAGGUGCUCACGGCCCGCCGCCCGCAUAGAUGGCCAGACAACUGCCUGACGACUGGUAGUAGUUGUGCAAACCGCACAGGGGUGGGAGGAGAGGUGACGUUGCAACCUUCCGUUAUGUUAUGCAAUGAUAACACCAACGAUACAUUUGUUUGGAAUAAUUUGGCGCGGCUGGAAGUUGCGUGUGUCUCGUUUUGUCGCCCGCGUGCUGGUGUGGACGGCACCAUAUUCCUGUCGUCUGGCGGCGACACGCUCCGCGGACAGCUCGGCGACCGGCCGCGGCCCGUCCGGCAGUCUCAGUCUGUCUGCAGGUGCAGCCCCACCCAAAUACAAACCAGCCAA